UUGACGGUGAGAGCAGGAGCGUGUGGUCCAGCAACGUGUGGUGUAAUAGAGCAUAAGUGGCGCAGCGGUGCGCAUUGGCAAGCUGCCCGUGAAAGUGCCAGUCCCCGGAGCACCGGCCAGACCGACGCCUGCGCCGUGAAAUCUUAAUCCUUCGUGCCUGACCCUUACCGCAAUAUAAUACAAAAACCGGAAUAUAUUAUCCAACGUGUUAUAUAAAACUCUCACCAAAACUGUUAAUCAGGAUCAUUUGUCAUGAAAGCAUAUAUUAUCCAAGCAACUCAUUAGAGUUAGUCCAUGCAGAUUUAGGUCGCCCGGUUUGAUUCUGGCAGUGGGAUAUUUUUAUUGUGCGGUGCAGACGACAGAGUGCCACGACCACGUUGCUAGUUAAUGUAAUUGCCUAUCUAUUAACCAUAAAAUUCAUUCCAAAUAGAUUAUUGAAGUAAGUUCAAACUUCUAACACAACUCCGGGGAUAUGCAUAAAGGGAGGUAUGCAUUGAAGUGAAAUGAUUCAGUCAGUGGCAUUUAUGUGAAAUUGUUGACAUUUGUAUAGUGCAUUUGAAAGAGUGAUUGAAGUGUGCAGCAAAAAUGCAUCAUUUAUAUCCGAUGGCGAAGGGUGACCCGAUGUGCCCUUUGGGUUUUCACCCGCAAGUGCGAUGGCCAACUCGCUGCAAGCGUUGUUUCAGAGAUUAUAAGGAACACGGCGGACGAAAAAGGGACGAUGAUUUCACUGCAUCCACACCAAGUCUCUCUACCUGGAACUCGCCAUCAUCACGAAGUCGUGAUGAAGAGAAUGGCGCAGACGGUGAGAGGACAAGCCGCGGCUGGUCUUCAAGCGUUAACCUCAGCUACAACGAACCUGCAAAAAAAGACACUUCAUCAGGGUCCAAUAAAUCCACGGCGUGGACGUCGACGCCUGACUUGGCAAACGAACCAGAGACCGCGACUGCGGUCACCGUUAACCUUAAGUUACCGAAGAGGCGGUCUACCGGUCCACUGCCUUCACUGGACACCGGUCAAAGCAACAAUGCUACACAAAUAUAUGAAUCCGUAACAGUUCGUCGACCAUCAGCGUCGCCGCCACCGGCCACCGCUGCACAGAUCACCAUCAAUAAGAAUGACUCACUUGCAGAACGUGUCAGAAAGAUGCAGUUAAUGAAGGCCCAAAGCAGUUUUGAAAAAGAAUCAAGUCUAGAAAAGGAACGUGAAAGGAGAAGUUUAUCACGAAGUAAAGAAGAAGAAAAACCUAAACCCAAAGAAGAAAAGUCAUCUGUUAAAGAUGAUGUUAAUUUUAUGAUACAGGUCAAAAGCAGCCGUAGUCCGGCACGAUCGAAACCACCGAUACGUGGUGGGCCGACCCGCGAGAAAGAAGAAACGUCAGAUGACGAACACAGUCUCGCGGGCACCACCACCACGGACACAGACACUACGCUUAUUGAUGGAAAUGCCAAAGAGAUGCAGGAACAAAUAGAGAGUUUAAAACAAGAAGUUGAUUUUCUAAAAAAACGCUGUGAACGAGUGGAAAAGGAGAAAAGCGAUAUCCUACUUAGGAGAUUAGCAAACAUUGACACCGUUAACAAAUACUCAAUAGGUCGAUCUUCCGAAGUGCUUAAACUACAACAAAAAGUCAAUGAUCUUACUACACAGAAUGAAGAUUUAAAGGACGAAAAGAAACAUCUGUCACUCCGGAUUAAAGAAGUUGAGGCUGAACUCGAGUCUCGGCCAUCUGUUGAAGCUCAAACACGCCAGAUCGAACAGUUAAGAGCGAAAUUGCUUGCUGCAGAAACAUUAUGUGAAGAACUGAUGGAUGAAAAUGAGGACAUGAAGAAAGAACUCCGGGAUCUUGAGGAAGAAAUAGAAGAAAUGCAGGAUAAUUUCAGAGAGGAUCAAGCGGACGAAUAUUCAUCUCUCAGACGGGAAUUAGAACAAACAAUUAAGAAUUGCCGAGUGUUGUCGUUCAAGCUAAAGAAAACUGAGAGAAGAAAUGAACAGUUGGAGCAUGAAAAGGCGGACCAAGAAAAGAAACUUUUAGAAAUAGUUGGCGGGAAGGAAGGUAUGCAACGCGAGAACCGAAUAAAGGAGCUAGAACAAGAAGUGGCUCGCUCUAAUGAAGUGGCGCUUCGUCUUCAGCGCGAGCUCGCGGAAGCCAACACUAAGCUUUCCACUGCGUCGGGGGCUCCACCAGUCAACCUCAAGAAACAACCACCUACAGAGGGCAAAAAAGUAUCUCGCUCAUCACUAACACGUGGAGGUAGUCAAGAGGAUCCCGCGCAAUUGUUACGCGAUCUGCAAGAUUCGCUGGAAAGGGAAGCUGAUUUACGCGAACAGUUACGCAAUGCGGAAGAAGAGGCAAAUAACUUGCGUAAAACAGCAUCAAGAGUUGAGGACGACAAUGAGUCCUUGCUACUACAGCUGAAGAAAAUGGCUACCAAAGCCAGAAGUCGUAAACUAUCGCCAACUGCUCCAAAUAACAGGCUUUCCAUUGAAGCACCAAAUGAAAAAGACGAAGGUAUAUCUGAUGAAGAAGAUCCCGCUGAAUUACGCCUCCUACUUGAAUUGAACGAACAGGAAGCUGCAGUGUUACGCAAGAAGGUAGAGGACUUAGAGCAAGAUAGGGAGUCCUUAAAAAAACAAGUUAAAGACCUCACAGAAAAGGUUUCAAAUGCAGCUACUAAACCUAACGCAAACACAGCUUUGCGUCGAAUCACUAAUAAAGGCAGUAAUUUAGCAGAAGAAAAAGUGAAGGUCCUUGAAGAUGAAAUAGCGGAACUUAGAAAGAAACUAAUAGAGAAAGAAAGAGAUUGUGAAAGAUUACACGCAGAAUUGAGUCUAGCCCAAAAAAAACCUAAAGCAUCAUUGAUCAAGAGCAAGUCGUUAGAUGGGGAUCAACAGAACGUUGACUUAAAACGGCAAUUACAAGUUAUAGAACAGGAAGCUAGUGUUUUGAGAACUAAAACACAAAGUCUUGAAGCAGAUAAUGAAAAAUUACAGGCUGAAAAUAAAAGAUUACAGUUACUUAAAGGUGCUAAGACAUUAAAGACCGAUAAAUCAUUAGAAUCAUCAACUCUUAAAGUAAGUCAACUAGAAAAAGAUCUUCAAGAAGCUUUAAAUAAAAUAAAAGAAUUAGAAACGAAUAAAGACGAAAAGGGAGAGAAGAAAGUAAGGUUUAGUAGUGAAAUAUCCAAAAAAGAAGCAGAUAGCCUUAAAUUGAAACAAGAAGAAUUAGAUAAAUUAAAAUUAAAUUAUACCAAACUCGAGAAAGAGAAAACCAAACUUCAGACAUCAUUAAAAGAACUAAAGGACGAUGCUAUGAAAUCAUUCAAGAGCAGAACGCCGAAGAAAAUCACAGACUUGACAACUAAAUUACAAAUGAAAAGGAUGGUCGAAGAUUUGGAAAAUGAAAUAGGUGAAUUAUAUGUUAUAAUGAAAAAUGCUGGUCUUUCAUCUACGGAUGUUAACAUGAAAGCACAAAUGACAAAAGAUAUUGAAGAAAUUAAGACAAAGUUAUCAAAGAAGGAAUCAGAAUUUACAAACGAAAAGAAUCGUUUGCAAACCGAAAUUGGAAAAUUGAAAGACUUAAAUGCUAAUAUUGAAACUGACAAUAAAUCACUAAAAGAAAGAGCUAAAACUCUUGAAAGUGAAAACAAUAAUACUCUCAUAGAAAAUAAAAAAUUAAAAGAUGAAAUCAGAAAAUUAGAAUCUCAAAUCAACAACUUAAACACCAAUUUGAACAAAAAUGAUACACAAAUCGCUACUCUAGCAGAGUGUAAAAAGAAAAUCGAAGAACUUAAAAAGGAGUUAGAGAACAAGGAUAAAGAAGUAGAGAAGUUAAAAAAACAAACUGAAGUCCUUUCUAAGUUAGAGCAAGACAAAAAUAAGCUCCUCAAAGAGGUUGGGGACAAAACAAAAAAGAUAGGUGAGUUGGAAAAAAAAUUAAAGGACACCGAAGAUAAAUGUAAACGAACAGAGAAACUAUUAACAUCGCGAAAAGAUCGAUUAUCCAAGUUAGAGAAAGAGCUCUCUGAAGAAAAAGACAACGUUGAAGCAUUAAGUGAUGCUAAGCGACGAAUGUCUUUUGAAUUAUCAAGCGAAAAAGAAGAAAUUCAAACAAAAUUACUUAAGUCUGAAAGCAAGUUUAAAAUCAUGGAAACAGAUAUGAAGAAACUAAAGGCUGAUUACGAGAAUAAAAUAACUAAUUUAGAAUCAACAAUAGCUGCCAAAGACAUUCAUAUAAAGCAACUGGAAGAUGCUUUACGGGAUACAUCUAACCAAAAAUACGAUGAAGCGAUAUCAUCUGUAGAAUUGGCCCAGAUUCAAGAGAAAUAUGACAGCACUCUUAAACAAUUACAAGAAAAAGAAGAAGAAUUAGCUGCAACUAAGCAGGACCACAGCAAAAUAGAAAAAGAGUUAUCAGCUUCGAAAAAUGAAUUGUCACAACUCAAUUCUACUAUAAGCAAAGCAGAAAAUGCAAAAAAAGAACUCGAAGAAAAAUUCAAAGCAGAACAAAAGGAAUCUAAAUAUUGGGAAAGCAAAACAUCCGAAAUUGAAACGGAUUUACAGGCGGAAAGAAAGAAAGUAGAACGUAUGCGUACAUCUCAUGAUAAGGAUAUUAAAAACAAAGAAGCAGAAUUGGCAACUCUAAAAGGCAAAUUAAAAAUACUUGAGCAAACAUCAGGCGCUGGUGCUAAGAGGAUUGCAGAACUAAAGCAAGAAUAUGAAGAUACAAUCAAAAAGUUGGAACACAAAAUAGCUGCUGAAAAAGCUGAGUACGAAGAAUUAACCGGCAAAUAUGAACUAUUAGAGGAAGAACAUGUGGUUACAAAGGCCAGACUUACUGUUGAGAAGGAACAGGCCCAAGGGGACUUGAUACAUAUCCAAAAAGAAUUGAAUACCACACUUAUGGAGCUGAAAACACUUCAAGAAACUUAUGAUGCCCAAUCUUCUACUUGGCUGAGUGAAAAAGAAAACUUACAGAAAGAAAUAUCAUCGUUACAAGAUCGUCUAUGUGGAGGCGGUUGGGAAGUUGAGAAGUCGCGUUUAAACACAAAAUUAGAACAACGUGAGAAGGAAUUACGAGAUGCACUAGAAAAGCAUGAAGUUUUGUCGCAUCAUCACGAUCUCGCUAAAAAAGAGUUGGAUGAAGCUAAAAGAAAACUAGAAGACUAUGAAAAAGUAAGCAAAGUUCAAAGGACUCUUACUGCGGAUAAUGCAGAACUUGAACGGGAACUGAAUACUUUAAAUACUCGGUUAGAACAAAUGGAAAAGGCUAGAAAGAACGAAAUUUCAGAAACCAAGAUGAGAUAUGAAGGGCAAAUGAACUCAAUGCGGGAUGAGUUGAAAUCCUUGCAUAAUCAAGUGUCUAGAUUUAAACGAGAACGUGACAAUUACAAACAAAUGCUCGAAUCAGCUCAGCAAACCAUGACAGAUAUGAAAAAUGGCAAUAAAACAAGAGCUCCAAGGGCCUCUAUAUCGAGUACAGAUGAUGAGGAAUACCGUAACAAGGUAGCGACAUUGGAACAGCAAGUGGCAUGUUUAGAAGAUGAACUAUGUGAAGCAAGACUACUUUCUUCAAAACUUAACUCUGAACUUAUCAGUGAACGCUCAUCGGCUGAAGUACGCCUAGCAGAAAUGCAGUCACGCAUUAAUGAGUACGAGGAAGAUCGUCUUUUAUCAUCAGGGAGAGCUCGUGUCUCUGGCCUCGCUACACGCAUGGAACUCGCCUGGCACAAAGAGAGAGAUGAACAGCAACGACUGCUGCAGGAAACGUCCACGCUCGCCAGGGAUUUGAGACAGACUUUGUUUGAGUUGGAGCGAGAGAGAGAAAAAGAGAGACUUGACAUGAAGAGACGCAUCGAUCAAAUAAAGCGAACUACGGAAGAAGAAACGGAAGAAGCUAAGAAAAAGGUGUCAGAAUUACAAUGCGAUCUAUUAGAAUUACGUGACGCCCACGCGAAGCUUCGCACAGCAAAUGAAAAACUGAGGAGAGAUAAGGAGCGACACGAUCGUGACCGUGAUCAAAAUAAAUUGCUCGUCGGGUCGCUCAAACGGGCUCAACAGGAGGAUGAUCGCGUUAUAACUCAACUCUUAGAAACUAUUGAUGAUCUUAUAAAGCAGAGUCCGGAAUUGUUCCGUUCUGAAACGCCUAUGAAACCAGGCAAGAGUCUCGCGACACCAACUCCACCAAGAAGAAAUAGAUCAUCAAAGUCCCGGUCCCGAUCCGCGACGCCCGAGCAGUCGACGGCCGAGUCGGUCUCAACCGGCGCGCGCUUGCUGAGGCUGGCGGACGAGCUGCGCGCCUCACGCAUCGCGGAGCGCCAGAGGCGACAGCUCACUAAUGCGAGACGUGCAAUGUCUACGGAACCUCGUGAUACCAUGACAGUGUCGUCGACUUCGAGGGUGCCAUCGCGAGUACCUUCCCUCAAGAAGCGAUCAAUCUCACUUGAGCAAACCACUAAGGAUCAGACAUCAAUAUGGAAAUCGGUUGACGACAGCAGUGUGUCUUCAAUGCAGUCCCUGGACGGUGAUGACAGAUUAUUCACAAUGCAACGGGAUACCAGUCUAGACAGUCGUCUCUCUGGAGGUUCGGCCCAGAGCGAAGUAUUGCCGUCUGAGAAGAAAAAGAAAAAGAGUAUAUUUGGCAAACUAAAGAAGCUGACCAAAUCACGAUCCAUCGACGACCACGUCGACGCCGAAGUAGUUGACUUUAGACCCAUCGGGAAUGUAUCGCAGCAAGGUUCAGAUUCAGAUAUGAGUGCGACGGGAAGCAAGCAAAAUUUACGUGGCAGAUUGUCCGACAUGUUUAGUAGGAAAGGGCAGUUAUCGCGCGGCAAUAGCAAAGAGCAAAGCCCUGACACUGGCUCUACAAGCGGUUCCCGGUCCAUACUACGGAACGCAAGCUCGUCUACCCUGCCACGCACUGCUACACUAAAUACGACUGAAAGUCAAAGUACGAGAGCUGCCAGCACCACGCCCGGAACGAAGAGGAAAGGGAAAUAAGCAGACAAUUUUGUUUAUCUUCAUUAUAUUAUAUCCACCCUCCUUUAAUUAUUCCAAAUAGCUUGUAAUAUCACAAUACAUAUCAACGAUAGAACUACCGACGAAAUAUCGAUCUAUUUUACAAUGUAUCUUAAACGCCAAACGAUCUACUGAAUCUAUCAAUUUUAAUGAAUCCAAUUAUGCUACAAACGUUUGCAACCCCUAGUUUUUGUGUAUUUACCUUUUUAUAAAAUAAACGUUGAUUAACAUAAAAA